CGUGACGUCACUUCCGACUGACGGCCAUGAUUUCCGGUGUGAUGGCUCCCGGAGGGAAGGCAACCGAUUUGGGCGGUUUUACAGCGAUCCCGGUGACAUUUUCCCAGAGCAGCCGGUGCUGCCAUUAUCUGUAUGUGAAGGAACACCGAGUGCGAGAGGGAGCGGGUACGAGCAGGCCGCAGGACAGGACCUUGUUUGUGCUGAACGUGCCUCCCUACUGCACCCAGGGCGGGUUGCGGAGGCUGUUCUCGCAGUGUGGGCUGGUGCAGGAUGUGCAGCUGCAGGAGAAGCCGGGCCCCGGAACCAGGGCAUCAGUGGAGGAAUCCGGCUUCUUCAACACCCAGAGGCUGAAGGGGUUCCGUGUGGCCUAUGUGCUGUUUAAACGUCCGGCCGCCCUGAAGUCUGUGCAGUCAUUGAGUUUGCGAGAUCCCUGGGCGCUGUCCACAGCCUCCGAGCCGGUCCCCACAGGCCUGCAGAAGUGGAUCAGUGAUUAUGCCUCAAAGAUUGUUGACGCGGGGGAACUGCAGAGCGAGGUGGACCAGUUUCUUCAGAAGUACGAUGAGCAGGUGGCCAAGGAGGAAGCUCAGGCAGAGACGGAGGACGGGGUCCCAGACGAGGACGGCUGGGUAAAGGUCACACGCAGAGGUCGGCGACCUGGCAUCCCCCGGACAGAGGCCAGUAACCUGCGGGCGGCGCAGAAAGAGAAACGCAACCGAGCCCGAAGGCAACUGCUCAACUUCUACACCUGGCAGCACCGAGAGACCAAGAGAGAGCAUAUUGCUCAGCUUCGGAAGAAGUUUGAAGAGGACAAACAGAAGAUCACCCUCAUGAGGGCCCAGCGCAAGUUCAGGCCUUACUGAGAGGCCGGCCUCAACCUCUCUUCCUGAGACCAUCUCUGCUCCUCACACAGCGCUGUGUGAGUGACUGACCUCUGUGCUCCCCACACAGCGCUGUGUGAGUGACUAACCUCUGUGCUCCCCACACAGCGCUGUGUGAGUGACUGAUCUCUGUGCUCCCCACACAGCGCUGUGUGAGUGACUGAUCUCUGUGCUCCCCACACAGCGCUGUGUAAGUCCAUCACAGGGUGGGAGUGAUCUUUCUGACCCAGUCUGUAUGUCUGUGUGUGUAUUGGGCGACGGCUGAGCUGAAACCCUGAUCUGUAAACAAAACAAUACAAUAUUUCUUACCAUUU